AUGCCAUUCGUUGUUACUGCAGUCGCGACAGUAGUGGAGGUUGGCUCAGGGGUGGUGGUCGUAACGGUAGUAGAAGUUGGCUCAGGGGUCGACGUCACUUCUAGAGUCGUAGUCGGCUCCGCGGUAGUCGUCGGUUCUGGAGUCGUUGUUGUCGGCUCCUCGGUAGUUGUUGGCUCCGGAGUAGUUGUUGUUACAGUAGUGGUAGUUGGUUCCGGGGUAGUGGUGGUCACGGUGGUAGUCGUUGGCUCUACAGUCGAAGUAGGUUCUUCAGUAGUCGUCGGGACUGUGGUAGUCGUUGGUUCCGGGGUAGUAGUGGUGACAGUAGUGGAUGUUGGCUCCGGGGUGCUCGUCGUAACGGUAGUAGUAGUCGGCUCCUCGGUAGUCGUCGGCUCUGGAGUCGUUGUAGUGACGGUAGUGGUAGUUGGCUCUACAGUAGUUGUCGGCUCUGGGGUAGUCGUCGGCUCUGGAGUCGUAGUCGGGAGAACGGUGGUUGUCGGUUCCGCUGUCGACGUCAAUUCUAGAGUCGUAGUCGGUUCCUCAGUAGUCGUUGGCUCCGGGGUGGUAGUGGUGGCGGUAGUAGUCGUCGGUUCUGGAGUAGAAGUCGGAACAGCCGUGGUACUAGUGGGUUCUGGAGUCGUCGUUGUUUCCACAGUAGUUGUCCGAACAGCCGUAGAGGGCUCAGCGGUCGUAGUCGGCUCCUCGAUUGUCGUCGGUGCAGCCGUGGACGUUGGUUCUACAGUAGUUGUCGGUGCAGCCGUGGACGUUGGCUCCGGAGUCGUGGUAGGAACAGUGGUAGUCGUCGGCUCCGGGGUAGUGGUGGUGACGGUAGUGGUAGUUGGUUCCGGGGUUGAAGUCAGUUCUGGAGUCGUAGUCGGCUCCUCGGUAGUUGUCGGUGCAGCCGUAGAGGUUGGCUCUGGAGUGGUCGGCUCAACAGUAGUCGUCGGUUCUAGAGUAGAAGUCGGCUCCGGUGUAGUUGUCGUCGACGAUGACUCAGGGGUAGUGGUCGGAACUGUGGUGGUCGUCGGCUCCGGGGUAGUAGUGGUGACGGUAGUGGUAGUUAGUUCCGGGGUUGACGUCAGUUCUGGAGUCGUUGUCGGCUCCUCGGUAGUUGUCGGUGCAGCCGUAGAGGUUAGCUCUGGAGUCGUGGUAGGAACAGUGGUAGUCGUCGGCUCCGGAGUAGUGGUUGUCGGCUCAGGGGUCGAGGUCAGCUCUGGAGUCGUAGUCGGGAGAGCGGUGGUUGCGGGCUCCUCAGUCGUUGUUGGUUCUGGAGUAGAAGUUGGAAUAGCCGUGGACGUCAGUUGUGGAGUCGUAGUCGGCUCCUCAGUAGUCGUCAAUUCCGGAGUUGUACUUGGAACAGCGGUGGACGUUGGCUCCGUGGUAGUCGGUUCCAUAGUAGUCGUCGGUGCAGCAGUGGAUGGCUCAGCGAUCGGCGAUGGCUCCGGGGUAGUGGAAUUCAGGAGAGCUGUAGUUGUCGGUUCCACAGUAGUCGUUGGCUCUACGGUAGUCGUAGUGGGGACAGUUGACUCAGAUGGCGUAGAUGAAGAAGGGUUUCGGGAAGAUAAUAUCUCAAGUGUACUCGGCAUCAAAGUAGAAGCUUCCAGAGUACUCGGCGAUGGCUGUAAACCAUAUAAUCCUGUAAAAUAA